GCACGAGGGAGGAAGCGCUCCCGUAGUGACGUCACCGGUCGUGUUGUGGAGAAGGCUGGAGGAAGAUGGCGGGGUCCAAGGUGAAGCAGGACAUGCCUCCUCCGGGAGGCUAUGCCUCGUUUGAUUAUAAGAGAAAUCUACCGAAACGAGGACUCUCUGGAUAUAGCAUGUUUGGCAUUGGCAUUGGCAUCAUGCUGUUUGGUUACUGGAGGGUUUUCAAGUGGAACAGAGAGAGGAGACGCCUUCAUAUCGAAGAGUUGGAAGCCAGGAUCGCUCUGAUGCCCCUACUGCAGGCCGAGCAUGAUCGAAGGACCUUACGGCUGCUGAGGGAGAAUCUAGAGGAGGAGGCAGUUAUCAUGAAGGACGUUCCAGGUUGGAAGGUUGGUGAGACCGUCUUCCACACAGACCGCUGGGUCCCCCCUCUGUCAGAGGAGCUGUUCAACCUCCAACCCCGUGAGCAGCUUUUGCACGAGCAGUUUGGCUUCAUGUCGCACACGUAAGCAGCAACAAGAUGGAUGGUAUCCUGAGCUUUUCACCACCUUUCACAGCCGGUACCAUGUGGUCCUGAGCCCUUGCUCAAUUCAGCUUGUAAAUGUUCAAAAUUAAAGUUUUUUUUUUUCUGUACCUCA